AUACAAAUCAGUUGAGGAUUCACAAUGUAAUACUGAUAUUUUAAAGUAAAGGAGCAAAAUAAACUGUUAGAGGAGCAUAGGUCAUAUAUGAGAAAUGGGACAAACACGGAUCAGAGCGGUGGUGCAACAACUCUGAUGGUCUUGGUCAUCUUGAUGAUAGUUAUGCUUGAUCAGAUGGAUUUCAGAGGCCCCAAAGAAGCAUGUACCUUUAACUACAGUACAACCGAGCUUUCCUGGACUUAUUACCGUCUUUACGAUACAUUGGAACCUGUUCUUUUCUCCUACUGUCUACGCCGGUGUAAAGAUGCCGACAGGUGUACAGUGUUUACAUACAAGAACCUUACAUCUCGUUGUAAACUUUUUGACGUGAGCUCUUACAUGAUUCAGUGGCAUUAUACAAAUUCAGAUAGUUGUUCAUAUUGUCUAUCCGGAUGGAAAAGUUGUCCAAUGGAACCGGAAGAACAUAUGCCGGAAGCUUCCACUUCUGUUAUUGCCCCGACAACCACAGAGACAAGAGAACCCCUGUGUAAAUGCUUGUGCAAAGAGAGUAACGCCAGCAUCGAUGAGAUUUUGAACGAACGCCUGUCUAAACUAUCUCUAAACAAGACAGAACUAUCAUCAACAAAACGAAAAUUGUCCUGUGCUGAAAACCCGCGACCGUCUGCUAAAGAUGUCGGCUACUUCGGAGUCUGCGGAUUGAUGUUAGUUGUAGGGAUUAUAGUAAUCUUUGAUUUCUUAAAAAUAUUAAGUUAUUGCGCCUCAUUGAGGUGUCACUUUUAG